ACUGGUGAUUGGAGGUGCACUGUUCCUCUGGGUCAUCUUUAUUGGACUUCACUUAUUUUGCCCCAUUGUAGUAGAGGGCAGUGUUGUCUGGGGACCCCAAUCACCUCUUGCGCUGAGUGGGAAGUUUUCCGUGGGAUCUCCCCUCCUACCUACACCUCAUCCAGUGGGAUCUGGUUGAGUUAUAGUUUAUAUCAUCAUAAUCUCCUUUGUUCCUUCUGAGGGAUUACCAUGGCUGUGCAGCAGAACAGGCCGUGAGUGACGAUCCGCUGUCCUCCUGAUCGUUUUCAACUUUUUUAUUUUAUUUUGGUGGGGAAACUUAAGGUCAAUAUGCUGAACCAGAGCGCAGUGAUGAUCUUCACCGGGAUCUGUGGGGCGUUGGUGGUCCUGGCCAUGGGCUACUACGUCUACUGGUCCGUAAUACUGAGUGAAGGGCCGUGCAGGAGGGGCUUAUAAAGGGGAGCCCACCGUGGUCGGUUGUAGUGUGUAGUGGAGAAGAGGCUCAUCAGUAGCAGUAGCAGCAGCCAUGGGUCUGUUAGCCUAUCUGAAGACCCAGUUUGUUCUGCAGCUCCUCCUGGGCUUUGUGUUCGUGGUGAGCGGCCUCAUCAUCAACUUCAUCCAGCUCCUCACCUGCGUCCUGUGGCCCAUCAACAAGCAGCUGUACCGCAGGAUCAACACCAGGCUCUCCUACUCCCUCUGGAGCCAGCUGGUGAUGCUGCUAGAGUGGUGGUCGGGCACAGAAUGCACCCUUUACACAGACCAGGCCACGGUGGAUAACUUUGGCAAGGAGCAUGUCAUCAUCAUCCUCAACCACAACUAUGAGAUUGACUUCCUCUGCGGCUGGACGAUGUGUGAGAGAUACGGAGUCCUAGGGAGUUCCAAGGUGCUGGCCAAACACGAGCUGCUGAAAGUGCCUCUGAUUGGCUGGACCUGGUACUUCCUGGAAAUCGUAUUCUGCAAGAGGAAGUGGGAGGAGGACAGAGACACCGUGUUCAGAGGUCUGGACAGACUCAAAGACUACCCUGAGUUUAUGUGGUUCCUGCUGUACUGUGAAGGCACCCGCUUCACAGAGAAGAAGCACCAGAUCAGUAUGGAGGUGGCAGAGAGUAAAGGCCUGCCCAUGCUCAAAUACCACCUACUGCCCAGAACCAAAGGCUUCACCACAACACUGAAAUGCCUCAAGGGCACAGUAUCUGCCGUGUAUGAUGUCACACUGAAUUUCAAAGACCACCAAGUCCCCACUCUGCUGGGCAUAAUCAACGGCAAGAAAUACAUGGCAGAUAUGAAAAUCAGGCGGUUCCCUGUAGAGGAGAUCCCAGAAGAUGAAAAGGAGUGUGCCAACUGGCUUCAUAAGCUUUACCAGGAGAAGGAUGCUCUGCAAGAACACUACCAUAAAGAGGGCACUUUCCCAGGUCCCACCAUCACCCCUCCUCGCCGGUUGUGGACGCUACUUAACUUCUUGUUCUGGGCGACCCUGCUGCUCUCGCCCCUCAUAAACUUCGCCUGCGGUGUGGUGGUCAGUGGCUCCCCCCUCCUCAUCCUCGGCUUCAGCCUCUUCCUUAUCAUAGCCUCUAUAGCCAUCCGGCGCCUGAUCGGUGUGACCGAGAUAAAGAAGACUGGCUCCAGUUACGGCGACGAGGGGGCUAAGAAACAGAACUAGAACGCUCCCUCCUCCUGACAGCGGUUGGUCGCUCUCGUACGGUCCUCCUGCGGUCCCCCUAUUCUGUUGUCCUGAGGUACGAGUAAGCACUCUGGGGAAGGGGUCAAACCGAUUUACACCGUGAGACACCAGAGAUGGAUCUGGACGAUGAGGGAAGAAAGAGGGGGAGAGGUAUGUUCAUGGGAGGAGUGUAGAGAGAGAAAGGAGACCAUCUGGAGCCAUCUCUCUGUGGAGCAGGACUGCGAAUGGGAGGUACUGCUGUGAACAUGCUCCUUGCCCCCUUAUCACCCCCCUCAGAUUCCCCCCCGCCACCGCACACUCUUCGACUCCUGACCAAUGCCCUUUGACCCUAGGAACCAAGCCUAUCAGCAACUUUCCUUUCCAUAACUUUCUUUUGAAUUUAGUUUUUUAUUUGAGGUUGAGGUGUUACUUCAGUGUUCACCUUGUAACAUACAGUAUAUCUCCCCCCUCGUUCUACCAAAAGCCUGGCAGAGCUCUACAAUGCGACCAUUUUACUCACAUAUGCGCCUAAAUAUGUUGCUGUGCGACCUGGAAUUUAAAUUUAGGAGCACCAGUGCACCUAGAAAAAAAAUCACCCAGAUGAUAAUUGUUGCAAUGAUUACUUCACUGUACGGCAGCCCCUGAAUGCCGUCGAGAAUACGCUGAGCGCAGAUUCAUGACCGUUAUCCUUGCACCAUUAUUACAAAGAAAACCGCUUGUUACCUCAAACAUUUUUCAUUAUGCUCCUUCUUUGUGUACUUGUACAUUUUUCAACUUAGGCGCACGUGCUCCCUGUAAAAAAAAAAAAAAAAAAAAAAAAAAGGUCAAUGGAGAGCCCUGCCUGGUUUCCUCUUUGCUUUUAACCUCUUGUUUAUUUUCGCUGUGCUUCAUCUCUGCUGUGGGAGCCAUUCAUAUUCAUGAGAAAAUAUAAUGGGGUGGUUCUAUGAUUCUAGAAGUCUAUGCAUUCUUACCAAGAUAGUCAGCUAGAGUUUGGCUGCUGUUGAAUAUCACUGAGGGACUUAUUUUCAACUGAGCUAUGUUCAACAGCAGAGAUGGGACUUCCAGUGUUUUAAAUACCGAGCAUGUUUCUAUGUGUUAAGACUACAGUAAGGGCUUUGUAUUCAUUAACUACAUUGUAACUAACUACUUACUUACAUGGACAUGAUAUUCCACUCCAAUGUUCCAAUGCCCCCGGGUUCUGACUGUUAUUAUUCAUUUAUGUAGGUUUUUACAGCGUUCUCCAUGGCUUGCUCAGAAGUAGAUGUCUGCACGCAUAUUACCAUGCCAGUUCCUGAGUGCUCUAUGAACUUGUUCUCCUGCUAUCUCUGCUCUGGUUUACACAUGCUCAACCACCCCCAGUGUUAGUGUGACCUCUUAUAAUAACUUUGAUCACCAAUUCCAGUCAAAACAGACUAUGAUAACCCACACCUACCCUUUAUAGUUGAAAUGCAGUAUUUACUGAAUGAAUGAGUUCAUCUAAUGAUCGAAGCUGAAAGCUGCUGGUCCCACUGUCAUCCCCUUCUCUUGUAAAACAGUGAUUGGAUUGGUAGUGGCAUUAGUGUAUGGAAACGCAGCACUUCCUACUGUCCACUUGGAACCUCAUUACUGAAAGGACAUUUGAUUCUGCUCUUCAGCUCUAGACUAUAGGAAUGUUUGCCUUAAUUCAAGUUUGCUUAGGCUAGGGUGAUUGGUUGAUAAGUUCCUUCCCCACCUCAUCUCUCCCUCCACUACAGUCUUGUAUUCAGACACCCUUCAUCCAUAAUGGUGCACAAUGGGUAGUGGAGUUUUUUCUGGAGUUGUACUGACAUGUUUUAGGCCCAGGUAUAUGUUGAGGUGCGAGGAUCAAUAGGAUCUUAUCAGUAGCCACCAAUGUGUAACAUGAUGUUACUAAAGCUACUUACAGGUCCUGAACUGCACAGGAAGGAAUAGUUGUUAAUAUUUUAUUUUUUUCUCAUUUUAUUUUGCUGCUAUUCAUUGUAGAGCACAGCGCCACCCUAGGCUCAGGCACUGCAACCGCACUUGCUUUCAAAACAUGUUACAUUGUUUAUCUCUACUCAUUGGACAAUUAUUUACACUCUGAUGGCAGUCUUAAUGGUGACCUGCCCCAUCUGUGUUCUGUGAGGGGUUGGUGUAUAGGGAGGGUGAUGACUCCUUUAUAACUGGGAUUAUGAAAGCAGACCUCAAAGAUGACAGGUGACUGGUAUUUCCCCAGUGCAACAUGGUAGCAACACGUCAUCAUUAUCCCUUGUCUAUAGAGCACCAUCCUGUUUCAACGUCAUCAUCUUUUCUCCAUAUGUUGAUGUUCAUUGUUAUUCUGUUUUUAAUUUUAGCGUUAAAUGUUUUUUAACCAGGACAGAUUCAUGUAAGCCUUAGAGUGCAGCUUCAUUGCAUUGUGUGUGAGAACUUAGACAGACAACGCUUCCUCAGCCCCCAUGUAGUAAGUUUUGAUUGGCAAGUGGUGAGGGACACUGAUUCAGUAAGAUUCACAUAAAUCUGCCCUCUGUUAAAAUGAAGAGGAACUCAUGUUUAUUUCUCACUAUAGAAAAAAGUAGUUAGAGUUGAAGUAUAACUAUUUGGAAAGCUGAAGAGAUGAGGGUCCUGUAAGAAUCUGCUCCUAGUUACAGUAAUAGUUAAGCGGGCCCCAUUUUUAAUAAUACUUACUGUCCCAUGAUACUUCUGUGUUUUGAUACCUAUUUUUCAACUCCUGUGACAUCUCUGAACUGUCAAUACAACUGUUACAAUAGCUUAGGAGAUAUGUUCUAAGUUUUGGGGCAUAAUUUUGAUCUCAUCUCCGGUCUACUUCCCAUAACUCCAAACUACAGUACAUGUCAGGCACUGGUGCAGUCCCACCUCUCCCUCAGGUAUCUAUCAGUCUAACUCUGUGUUUAAGGUGUAUAUAUUUCCAGAGCAACAUAACAUGCAGAGAAGUUAUAACAUUAUUUGACAGUUUCUAACACAGUGGGAUUUUUUCCAGUAAAAACCUACGAACUUCAAAUUUUCUUGUUUUUGUUAAAGUUUUCGAAACUAAAGAAUUAGGUAACGUUAGAAAUUCGACACUGAAAUCGGACCCUUUUUGGCUUAAGUGGCACAUCUCGACUCAAAUUUUAUUUGUCUUUUUUCUAAGUCUAUUUGUAUCUGUUUCUUCAAACAAUUAAUAAUAUUAAAGGAUUUAAUCAGUUGGUUCUAA